UUCACGCAGUAUGCGCAGAUAUUUACAUUCAGAUAUAACCUAAUUAGACCAGCAAAAAUCGAAGAAAAAUAGAAAAAUACCGAGAUGAUCGAAUCUUGCACGAAGAGACGGAUGCUGCUAGGUAUCACAUUUUUAGGAGGUUUAACCGUUUUAGCAUUGAUUAUCGAGAGCCACUGGACGGACAUCCCGAGUAAGCUUUACGUCGACAAUUUUGAAAAUAAUUCUUGCAUCUCGGGUGAGGAGUACGAGGUGAUAUCCGAAUGUCAUCCGUGCACGGCUUUCGAAAUUGCGAGCGAAAGUAUCGGUAUUUGCGUCCACGCGAGGUACAAAGAAGUACUGAAGUGUAAGAGUGGAGAGACAAUAACGAGAAGUUGUGAUAAAGUGGCUUGGCUUGAGGAAAGAACAUUUUGGAUGUUCGAGGGCUUCAUGUUUGCCUCGGCGAUCGUUUCUUGUAUCAGUAUACAUUGGAGAGAGGACGUACUAAGGCAGAGAAUAAUUAGGAAAGUGGCAAGACAAUUACGCAUUAGUGUAUAAGUGUUGAGCGCCGGUAGGAGAAUUCCCGACUGUUUUAUACUUUGAUACUUUUGUUCGUUUAGGAGAGGAAGAUGAGCGAGGUACAUUUAGCAAUAUACUCUAUAGCG